AUGCGUGAAAAGUAUGCCACGAAUCAAAGACAACUCGCCAAUAUUAACGAAUUUGACGCAAAAUAUUGUGCUGAAAAUGCGAUCCAUUGGUAUACACAAGAUACAUUUUUAUAUCGUGAACUAAAUAAAGCCAUACGUACACCAGACUUCGAUGUUUCGUUUGCAUUUCGUUUUUAUAUUCGUGAUAUUUAUCAACAACUUAAGAUGUUGUAUGAAGAACAAGCGUCUUUUCUGCGUACACUGACGGUUUAUCGUGGUCAACAAAUGCAACCUAGAGAAGUUCAACGAUUGACUGUUGGAAAACUAAUAUCCGUCGAUAGUUUUUUCUCUACUUCUAAAAGUCAACAAGUUGCCAUUGUGUACGCAGGUCCACCACUAGAAUCAAGCGGUCUCGUUGGAGUACUGUUCGUAAUCGAAGUUAAAACUUAUCAACCACUCAAGAACAAACCAUACGCAUAUAUAAGCAAAUCUGGUAGCGAAGAACAAGAAAUUUUAUUUAUGCUGGGCACCGUUUUUCGUCUGAUAGAACGUAAACAUGAUGAAAGCAAGGGUUUAUGGAUUAUUACUCUAGAACUCUGCGGAGAAGAAGACGAAGACUUGAAAGCUGCUGAAAUAUCAACGAAAGAAGAGAUUAAUAAAAAUGACAAUAGUAAUUCGUUCUGCGGUCUAGUCUGUUCAUUGAAUAACAAAAUUAAUAGUUUACAACAGCAGUUCUUGGACGGUUUGGAUGAAUGUACUGUUGAUUCGUUCCGAGAUAGGAGUGUUUCACUUGUGAACAAAGUUUGGGAAGGCACUGAAGAUCCUGAUGUAAAAUCAAUUCAAGAAAGUCAGAUUCAAUUGGUGAAACAAAUCUACGAAGACAUUGAAGCACCUCCUGAGGAAUAUAUAAAAAAGACAUUUAUUCAAGGUGUUCAAUUUGCGGCCCAGCUAUCUGGCGACGUGAAAAACCCUAUUAGAAAAUCGAAUAAAGAAAAUGUUCGUAAUAUUACUGAUAGCAGAACAUUCAACUGGUGUGCUCAGUCUUUGGGGAAUAUGAUCAAGAAUGAAAUGGAGAACAAGUCGGAAGAAGAGGAGGAGGCUGACAUGGGAUCAAUCGCAGAAACAGUCGUUCAAGGAGCCGAAUGUCUUUUGCACGAUUUUAGAAUUCCUAUUAACGAAUGGAUGACGCAAAAUAUUAGUGAAGAUGAUAGUAAUAAUUCUCAUCCAUUAGUGGCUGGUUUAGUUGAGAAAAUUAAAGACCUAGGUGAGCAACUGCUGAAUACUAGAUCUUCUCGAACCACCUCGCCGCGCGGUGCCUCUCUUUCUCUUGAGCUUGAUUAGCAGAAGGUACAGAGUACAUUCUGUUUCUCUUUAUUAUCUUCUUCUCUGUCUCUGCUUCUCUGUUUUUCCUCACUUACUUCUUCCCGUAGAGCUAACAUAUGACUAAUUUAAGUUCACUUUUCACUUUUAUAUAUAGUCUUGUUUUUUUUAAUGAUUGUUGAAUUUUUUUUUACUUUUUUCCGGUAUUCUUCUGAGUUUUGUUUUUUGAUAAACAGAAAAUAAAUGUUGGAAAUUGAAUAUCUUGUUGUCUUCCUAUCACACAGUUGACGAAAAACGAUAAAGACUCAGAGUGGAAGAGUAAAAGACAAGACUGUUGAAUUGAAUCUGUCGAUAGUAAUUGCUAUUAAUGAAGGAAUUAGAGCAGGUAACGAGGCUCAAGUUACUCUCUGAAAUGUUGAGCUUACUCAUUUGUCUAGUGAAUUUGAACUAUACCUCUCUUUUCAUCUAUAAAAUUUUUUGAAGAAACAAAUGUUAAAACCUACCCGAUUAUUAGCAAUAUUGUAUUUGCAUGUGAUUAGAAAAUAAUUGUAAUAAAUAUAUCCUGUUAUUAUAUGAAAUAUCGAUGUCUUGACCUAUUACUGCAAAAAUCUUAAUCCUAUAUUUAUCUUUUAUUUAAAAAAAAAUGACAACCUAUACAUCCGACUUCACAAAAGAAGAUUAAACAUUUUAUUUUUUCGAAUUUUGAUCUAGAAGUUCACCCUUUUGAUCUCAUUAUAUGACUCGUCAACACGAUAUUGUAUAAGUAUCAAGCUGAAUUAACCUUUGGCAUAUAUACCUUGUUUCGAGAUUCGAUGUCCAAAGUUCUAUGCAUUUAAG